ACCUCGUCUUUUCCGCGUAAUUUCUUCACUAUUUUGACGGGAGAAGAGGCUCGCCGUCCAGAUUUGAUGAUGAUGGGGGAAAAAACAGCAGCAGCGUGUGUCUAAUUAAAGUCAACCAGUGAAAACAUUUUUAAAUCGUUAACUAAAUGUUUUCCUAAGUUCUAAUGAGGAAACCCGAUCUGGAGACAAGAUCCUUCAGCAACAAACGACUUUUUACGCAUUUAUGUUCCUGGAUGCUGCUGAAAGUCGGGCUUUGUUAGCGCAUUUGAUCAACCCAUAAACCUUAGUUUUAUACAGCAUUUGGACGUGAUUAAGCUUCAUACUGUUGGCUAGACGUCAUUUCAGCUUCACUUCUGAAUCACGACUCACGCUGCCAUAUUUUCCGUGUCUAUUCAACCAAAUUUCUUUCGGGAAUUGUUGUGUGUGACUAUAUGUCUGGGUUGUUUAACGUGUGUAUUGGAUUUCGGAUGUUUUACAGCCAUAAACUAUUUCCUGGUCAACAGCAGCCCACAACAAUCUCGGUGCGUUAAAAACAGACUUCGGUUCUCUUGUAUAUUUCUGAAACGGCAGUGAAUAAAAUGUGAUAUGUACAUAAAGGCCACUUUUAGAGCCACAUACGGUUUAAAACACGAUUUGUAUUUAAAUAAAAAGAAAACAAAACACAGUUAGGGGAAGAAAAAAAAAACACACACGGGCCCCUUUGCAGGAGAGCAGGCUGUUGCGUGGUUUAGGUAGUCUCAUGUUGUUGGGCUAUUUAUUUUAUGUUCCCACAACACGAAACUGCCUUGAUUACCUCAGUGCAAUUCAUCUUAUAAUUAAAAGCAAAACCACGUUGGGUUGUGCCUAUUAAUAAUUUGGCGCGGAGUGCGUCGGAUCUUUCAAACUGCAGCUUAAAAACAAUAACCUGGGAGGAUUUAUCUGUGCGUAAAAUACAGCAAUUACAUGGGAGAAUUGCCUCAUAUCUGCUGGUUUUCAGUUAGCUGCAUUUUUUUUUUUUUUUUAGAUCUUAGGCGGGUGGAAUGAAAUGAGUCCCUCUUUUGUAUCAUUUCUACGAUCAGGACAAAAUGUGUGGACAGACAAGGCCUCGGUUAUGAUCAUUGCAGUCUCGCCAGUUGCUUAAAAAAAAUUCCGGAUGCGUCUGCUUGGACCCUGCAGGGAAAGAGGACAAAGGAUAAGCUUUAUUGGUGAAAUUUAGCUUAGACAGCUAGGCUGUAACCUGAAGAAAAACAACCCAAUUGCCCGUGAUAAAAUGGACCGUUAUAUGGCACCCAAAUAACUCCAGUCCCGCUGUUUUUCCGUCUUGGAUUGCCUUUAAAGUGGAGCCGGGCUUACAGAUGCAGCUCCGUUAUCUCUUGGAAACCUUCCUUUGGGUUGUUUACAGUUUCUUGAUACAAAAAAAAAAAAAUCAAUACGUUUUUAAUAAGGUAGAAUAAACAGUAGUAACAAUACUAACUUUUGCGUGAAAGACAUUGGCACCCAAAGCUGUUCUGACGUUUUACGUUCAAAUGCCGACACAUUUUCAAAACCAGAUGUUUUUAAAAGCAGCAAGCCGACAAUUUAUCAAAAAUAAGCUUUAAAGAAGCAAUAAACUUUCUCCUUUAUCCAUAGUUGUCCUGGUUUCCACUAAAACGGCAACUCUUGACCAAAAUCACACGUUUAUUGCUUAUAAAAGGAAAUAUUUGCCAAUAAAAGCGCGGGGACUAGCUAUUAAAAUAUGGCGAGGGAAAAUGGUGGCCUCCUUCUUAAGCCGAGCGGUAUGCAGGCUGAUUUAUUAUUUAUUGUUCUGUCCCACGGUCACGUGUUUUGGGGCGCCCUAUCCAGUUUUGGACAGGGUUCAACUUACUGGACGCAAGGAGCUUGUAGGUGACGCACCAACGCGGCACCUUACAAUGGAAUGAAUCGUCUCUUACACCGCAGGAUUGCAAAAGCAAGGUUUUUAAUUUCCCCCACCUUUUUUUUGGUGCGUUGUAUUUUUUUAUUACCAUUCUGGUGCAAUGGGGACGAGCUACUACGUUGACGCGCGCGUACUUUCGGAUCAAGAAGAAAUGGCACCGAUGAGAUACUCAUCCUCAGCAGGGAUGGAGCAGGCGGCGCACACCGAAUAUGGCGGACAGGAACAGAAAUCGUCUAUUUUCGGCGGAUCUUGGGGCACCAUCGCAGCGCAUCCUCCGAACGCAUACCUACAUCACCAGUACAGCGGAGACGCGGAUGGCAUGUUUGCGCGCUCCUGGGCGUUGGACCCGGUCUCGGCGUCGCUGUGUUUGACGGGAAUUCCGUCUGCAGCCGCGCAUUACGACAUCAAGCCCGAGCCGCUGCUCGGGGGUGCGGAAUGCACGACUCUGGAGACGCACGCACCGCUCUUGUCUGACAUUGAAAACGGAGCUUCCCUCACGGAGAUUCCCUGUGAAACAUCCCCCACGUCCGCAGCCGGCGACGACAAGCCGACGGCAGAGAAAAAGGAGGAGAUUGAUGCAAACAACCCGUCGUCCAACUGGCUGCACGCAAAGCCCACCAGGAAAAAGCGCUGCCCCUACACCAAGCACCAAAUCCUCGAACUGGAAAAAGAGUUUCUCUUCAAUAUGUACCUCCCACGGGAGCGCAGGUACGAAGUGGCGAGACUCCUGAAUCUGACGGAGAGACAGGUGAAAAUCUGGUUCCAGAACCGCAGGAUGAAGAUGAAGAAGGAAAGCAGAGACCGAAGGAAAGACAGCUAGUGCCUCUUUGCAUUUCGGGUUGGGGAUGGGAGGAAGGGGGGAGGAGAGGGGGGUUCCUACAAUUCCUGGUACGCGUUGUUGUAAAUUAGUGUUGUUAAAACAACGCUGGGUGUCCUUUCCCCCCCCAACUUAAAAUUGUGCUCAGUGUUUGUGUCUCCUUGUGGACUUAGAUGUCUCGUACUUUACGCACACAGAUUGUUGACUCUGUAGGCCUCUUAUUAUUUGCAUGAACCAAUACUUGACUACCUGAAUAUCUUUCAGCUACCUAUUUGCAUUGAUUAACUUAUUCUUCUUUGUUUUUGUUUGUUUGCUUUUUUUGUUGUUGUUGCGGCGUCUUGUGUUUAAGUGUUUGAAUGCAUUUGUGAAUACCCUGCGCACACUUGAAAUACCUCAUCGGCACUGAUUUGAAUUAAAAUAAAGUUUUCUUUGUUUCACACAUGUGAAAA